UCCAAAUGACAGUGGAGAUAAUCGCAUCGCGUAUUCGUAAACACGAUUCGUACCACCUAACAGAUUGCGAUCAGAAGAUGCGUAUAUUAAACACGCUAAACAGGCUCAUCGGCUGUCGUCACUGAACUUUGGAGAAUUUUACGGGAAGUUGUGGCGAAUUUCCCCACGUUAUAGGCACGCGAUUCCAUAUCGGAAUUCACAGGCUUACGCUCUAUUCAGCCGCGGUGGGAGAACCUCGGCUCACAGUUUAUAUUCUCCGUCGAUCCUUUCACCGGUCAGUCAAUACCGAGUCGAGCGAUCGGCACGCAGAGCAUCUCGAGUCGCACCAACGAGUCGCGGUAGUAUUUUUUCAAAAGUGCAAUUUUAAUCGAUUGUCGUCCGAGAAGAAAAAGAAAAAAAACAUCCCGUCACUAUGAUCAAGUACGCCGCUCUUAUCUCCGUCCUCGUGUUGAUGGGUCAAGCUCAGAGGCCACCGUACGCCGGUAGCGCGAAUCGUUACCCUCAAGUGCUUCCUCGGUUCCAAGAGGAGCAGGCAGCUACCUCGACAACGGCGUCGCCGUCGCCGGGUUCGACCGGGGUGGGAAAUCGCGUUGGGGAGGAUUCCGCCUCUUCGACGUUCGCACCCUUCGUUGCGAACAAUCAACAACGACCCCUCGCCGGACCGGUGACUCCGAGACCAGACCUCCCGGUCAACGCUCUGGGCGACGCCGAUCUGGUCGAGAGGAUCAAGACCUGGCCCGAAGAGCUCAGACCCUUCUGGUACACCAACAGGGUGCAGAUCGACCAGCACCUCCACCCCCAAGGGCAGCAGAACGUCGUACGACCGCAAACUGGGCCGGGCUCUUUUUCGGGCUGAUCAUUUUCGCUGCGCGAAGCGUUUUAUUAUUUAAGUUCGAGAAGUGCUCCACCUGAUAAACUACCUCUAUGUUUUUUUUUGUUUUUUUUUUUCUCUCUUCGUCGUUGUAAAAUUGGAUUCACAUCGUCGACGAAUGAAAUCCGGUGAUUUGUAUUUUUUUUUUUAACGCUCGUUCGUAAUGCGAUGUAAAGUGAAAUUACAUUCGGCAAUUCCGUAAUUAUUGUUUGAUUGCCAGGUGCUGUUUGAGCCAUGUUUUCUAUUUUCAACGACAAGUUGUGGACGUGGCAAUGUUCGUCGUCGUAAGGUAUUCGACGUAUAUUUUUUUUUUCUUUAAAUUAACAUGUAUCGUUUUCUUGUUAUUUUACAUGUACAUACAUAUUAUCGAGACUGAAUUCGUUCAAGUAUUUCUUCGUAAUGUUAACCCACGCAUAUCGUUAGACCCGGUGCGUCGUCAUUGGCAAUAUAAAAUUUGACCGAAAAA